GAAAAGAAAUGCUUUUAAUUAAAAAUAAUAGUUUAAAAACCAAACAAAAAGAUGGUAGCGGACUUUGUCCAUCCGGGUAACAGCACCCGCAGACAAAGGACUUAAGAGUCCCGCGCGGCAUUAAUCAGGGGUCUCAGCCGAAACUGCUCCGGCCCCUCCGCGUUCGGCCCAUUCAAAAAGCCAGCGCACCGGUGGCAGGGAGGGGCGAGGCCGCUGCCUUCGGCUCCGAGGGCCACACUGGACGCUCGGCCCCGCCUCGGUUCGCUCUCCCGCCCCCGGAUACGGAAGUGACGCAGUCCCGUCAGACCACGCGCCCCUUUCCGCGGGGAGCGUUUCCGCCAUUUUUGAAAAUCAGGAAAAGCCGGUGUGAGCGCCUCUUGUUGCCAUCAUGGCCGCCUUCGCCGUGGAGCCCCAGCCACCUCCGACAGGAGCUGAACCAAUGAUGCUGGGUUCACCUACUUCUCCAAAGCCAGGAGCAAAUGCACAGUUCUUACCUGGCUUUUUAAUGGGAGAUUUGCCAGCUCCAGUGACUCCACAACCUCGAUCUUUCAGUGGCCCUUCUGUAGGGGUUAUGGAAAUGAGAUCACCUUUACUUGCAGGUGGAUCUCCACCUCAACCAGUUGUACCGUCUCAUAAAGAUAAAAGUGGUGCUCCACCAGUUAGAAGUAUCUAUGAUGAAAUUUCCAGCCCAGGACUUGGAUCAACACCUUUAUCUUCAAGAAGACAGCCCAACAUUUCAGUAAUGCAGAGCCCCUUGGUUGGAGUUAUGCCAGCUUCCCCAGGAACAGGUUCAGGCGUGUUCAGUCCAGCAAAUAUUGGUCAGCCACGAAAGACUACUCUGUCUCCUGCUCAGUUGGAUCCCUUUUAUACUCAGGGAGAUUCCCUGACUUCAGAAGAUCACCUUGAUGACACUUGGGUAACUGUAUUUGGAUUUCCUCAAGCAUCUGCUUCCUACAUACUCCUACAGUUUGCACAGUAUGGAAACAUAUUAAAACAUGUGAUGUCUAACACAGGGAAUUGGAUGCACAUUCGUUAUCAGUCCAAACUUCAGGCCCGGAAAGCCUUAAGCAAAGAUGGAAGGAUUUUUGGAGAGUCCAUCAUGAUUGGAGUGAAGCCUUGUAUAGAUAAAAGCGUUAUGGAAAGCUGUGAUAGAAGCACCAUAUCUUCUCCAGGAUCAGCCUUCACACCACCAAUCAAAACCUUAGGCACACCUGUACAGCCUUCAAGUACUCCUAGAAUUUCUACCAUGAGACCUCUUGCUACAGCUUAUAAAGCUUCUACUAGUGACUAUCAGGUUGUUUCUGACAGACAAACUCCGAGAAAAGAUGAAAGUCUUGUAUCUAAAGCAAUGGAAUAUAUGUUUGGUUGGUAGUAUUAUAGAAAAGAAUUCCCUUGAGGGUGUUACACUAAAACCUGACUGGAGCUAGGAAUGCUCUGCCAGUUUCCUUUUGGUUAGUUAUAUAACCACUUUGGACAGGAUUUGGACUCUACAUCAGACUUUUUUAAUGCCUUUUUUUUUCCCCUUUAGGAGUACAGCAUAUUUGUAGCUUGCACUUUAAAUGAUGGAUGUGACAUGGUUUUAAGAAACUUCAGACAUUUGUAAAUAGGAAGUUACAAUGCUUGGUGUGAUAGGUGCAUGCUUAAUCAUAAAAAAGGCAUUGUUUACUGUAAGUUAUAUAACUCUUUGUGGUGAGGCUUUUUAAUCAUUUUCUCUGAAGGCAAUAGACUUCACGAAGAAGUAAAACUAUGUACUUCUGCCAGGAUACAUGGUGUACUUCUGCCAGGACACUUGGAUUAUAAUUGAACAGUUUGAAUUAUGGCCUCUUAAUUUGGAUACUAUUUAAUACUUUACCAUUGCCUGCAUAUGCCCUGUCAUGAAUUAUUCAGUGUGUUUCAGACAAGAAACAGCCCUUUUUUAACCUUUUAUUCAUGUUUCCUAAUAAUAAACUUUACAGAUUAUGUAGGCUGGGUCUUUUUCUGUAUGUGUUGAUUGUGUACAAGUAGUGUUAGGUAAUAAAUCAUAGACUUAGAAGAGAACUGUGCACCUUUAAGUUCAACUAGUCCAUUUUUGGCCCUUCCUUUUAUUGAUGAGAAAACUGAGGAUCCAGAAGUUUGUGAUUUGCCUAGGAUCACCUGAACCAGAUUUUGAUGAUAUCUUCUUAUUCUCCUCUUUGCUGUAUACUGCCUUCCCUAAUGCUUCUUUUAAGACACAAUUGUUCCUUAAAGAAAAGUAUUAGAGGAGACAGCAUAGCAUAAUGGGAAGAACUCUAGACUCUUGCUCUCGAAGGACCUGGGUUUGAAUCAAGAGAAUAUGUGUAAGGUCAGUGUGUUUAUCCAGAAUCAGAAUUUCAUGUAUAGAAAAUGUACCUAUGAUCUUUUUUUUUUAAACUUAUGAUCUUUAAUUGGAAGCUGUAUGUAUGCAUAAGAUUUUGUGGUAAUUUAAUACACUGGUGGACUGUUUUAACUGA